AUGGGAUGCGUUCGCAGUAAGCACUUCGGAAGAACAAGAACAAGGCUUCAAAACUUUUCGCUUCUUGCUUCUCAAACCUUCUUUAGCGAGGCUGAGGUUGAAGUUCUACAUGAACUGUUCACCAAACUCACUUCUUGUGUCAGCAGCGACAAUCUUAUAACCAGAGAAGGUUUUCAGUUUAUCUUAACCAAGGACACCAGUAGACGUAGUCUUUCUACGGAGCGGAUGUUUGGAUUGUUCGAUAUGAGAAACGAUGAGGCAAUAGAUUUUGCAGAGUUUGUAGAAUCUCUCAACAUUUUCCAUCCGAACUCCUCACAAAGUGAUAAAGCCUUAUUUGCAUUUCGGCUAUAUGAUAUUCGUCAGACUGGAUUUAUUGAACCGAAAGAGGUGAAAGAGAUGCUCAUAGACGUUCUAGAAGAAUCAGAACUGAUGCUUACCGAGAGUAUCAUCGACUCGAUUGUGUCUAAGACUUUUGAAGAGGCCGAUAGGAAGAAAGAUGGGAAGAUAGAUUUGGAAGAAUGGGAGAACUUUGUGGCCAGGCAUCCUUUGACGCUCAAGAACAUGACCAUCCCUCUCUUGAAGGACUUACCACGAACUUUUCCAAGCUUUCCUCAGUAG